AUGUCUGGUCCAGGAGGUUACGGAGGUUCUCAAAAUCAACAGAUGUAUGGGCAUCAGACUAUGCAGCGUAACACCAGUGGUGGCCAACUAAGCAGUAUGAUGCCUCAUCCAGGAAUGAUGAUGACUUCUUCGCAGGCACAAAUGAUGAACCAACAAUCUGGGAUCAUGGUGUCCCAAGCAGGUUACACGCAAAAUAUGGGGCAACAGAUGACACAGAUGAUGCCAAACAUGGGCUCACAGUCUCAUAUGGGACAGACGAUGGGUCAGAGCAUGAUGCAACAGCCUCCACAUAUGGGGCAGCCACAGCCUAUGCCGCCUACAUCUCACAUGAACGUUCAGUUAUCACAACAGCAACCUCAAGUAGUUGCCACUCAGCAACAUAUGUCAUAUCAGCAGGUCUAUAUGCAGCAUCAGCAGCCUCAAACAGUAUCCUCGUCUUCAUUAUACGUGCCACCACGUAACUCUCCUCAUAGCGUUCCCGCACCACUGUCUCAGGGGCCUUCUUCGACGGGUGGGCCGGCUUCCAACAAUCCCCAAACUCCUAUAAAUCCUCCAUCUAUGAAUCCAGCCUCACAACAACAUCCUACUCCAGCAACUCCCCAACAGGCCCCUUCUUCAGUUCAGUCGCUGCCGCCUCAGGAACCUCCAGCUGCACCAGCUGAGUUACCUCCAGAUCCUAUCAAUGUGGCAAGAUUAUUAAUUUUAAAAGACCUUCGGCAUUCUAUUGAGAAGUUGAGUAAGGCUACUAGCGAGUAUUUUGGUCCCACUCAACCGGGUAACCCGCCGUCUGCAAACCCACAGUCCGUAAAUCCACAGUCGGUGAAUCCAAUGUCAGUAAAUCCAAUGUCUGUUAAUCCUAGCUCUGUAAAAUCGGAUGAGCCUAAAUCUGUUGAAAGUCCUGAAAAGAAAGUUCCACUUGCUCCAAAAGAUGCUUACAACAGCGCUAUGGACGAAUUUCUUGCUAUUUGUGAUCAGAUUGAAGCUAAUUUGGUAGAUUUGUUUGCCAUUUCAGAAAGUUUUUUAGUAGUUCAAGAGGCUCACAGGCAAUUUAAAACGUUUGAAAAGAUGUUGAGCGGACAAGUCUUUUCCCCAACUGAUUUACCAAACACAAAUUACUGGAAUUAUGCACAAGCGCACAUUGAGCCGGCAAUGCGUAUAAGAAAUGCUUUACGAUCAACCUUAGAAAAUAACAAUGCUAUUCUUCAGUUACUCAGAUCUGCCAGAGUUCGAAAUCGUGGGCCACCAGCAAAGUCGAUGUUGGAUAUCGAUAGUUGA